GUGAGAUGGUUCAGUCCGCUAGCGCGCCGCGUCCACACUCGUUUCUAUGACCAAGCGUGCAGAUAAAACACGCUCUCUUGAUUCUGUCAGCCAUUUAUCCCGUCAAACGACUCCCCCUUCUCUUUCAUUUCCCUUGUUUCACUAUCUGAGUGAGGAGUAAAUAAAAUUCUCUCUAGCCAUGUCAGUUUCUGAGCCAGCGUCAGUGGACUCUGGCGGAGCGGGAGCCUUUUACCCGGCGGGAUACCAGGCGCUGAACCCGGAGGAGCACGGCCUAGACCGCGGCUUCCGGCUCACGGCCUUCUCCGAUAUGAAGGGAUGAGGGUGUAAAGUCCCGCAGGAGACUCUGCUCAAACUCCUGCAGGGACUAGAGCCGGACCGCCCGCCCGGAGAGGACGGCGGCUCGGGGGCGGGUGUUGGAGACGAGACCGCUGAAUUCGGACUUGUUUCAGUUGCUCAGGGUCCUCGACUAGGUAUUGGAAUGGACUCAUGUGUGAUCCCUCUGAGGCAUGGAGGUCUUUCCCUGGUCCAAACCACAGAUUUCUUCUAUCCUUUAGUGGAGGAUCCUUACAUGAUGGGACGAAUUGCUUGUGCAAAUGUUCUGAGUGAUCUGUAUGCCAUGGGCAUCACAGAGUGUGACAACAUGCUCAUGCUUCUCAGCGUCAGUCAGAAGAUGAAUGAGAAGGAGAGAGAUCAGGUGAUGCCUCUAAUGAUGAAGGGCUUCCGUGAUGCGGCAGAGGAGGCUGGGACUUCGGUAACCGGGGGACAAACAGUCAUCAAUCCCUGGAUCAUCGUCGGGGGUGUAGCUUCUGUGGUGUGCCAGCCCAAUGAUUUCAUCAUGCCUGACAGUGCUGUACCUGGAGAUGUGUUAGUUCUGACUAAACCUCUGGGAACUCAAGUAGCAGUGAAUGCCCAUCAGUGGCUGGAUAUACCUGAGAAGUGGAACAAGAUAAAGUUGGUGAUAUCCAGGGAGGAGGUGGAGCAAGCUUAUCAGGAGGCUAUGCUCAAUAUGGCCACCCUCAAUCGCACUGCUGCUGCCUUAAUGCACAAAUUUAAUGCACACGCUGCCACAGACAUCACAGGCUUCGGGAUCAUAGGUCACGCACGGAAUCUCGCCCAGCAGCAGAAAAAUAAUGUUGCCUUCGUCAUUCACAACCUUCCCAUUAUCUCCAAAAUGGCCGCAAUCAGCAAGGCUGGAGGAAACCUGUUUGGGCUUUUGCAGGGCACCUCUUCUGAAACAUCAGGUGGUCUGUUGAUCUGCUUGCCGCGGGAGCAGGCAGCCCGCUUUUGUGCCGAGAUGAAAUCCAGUCGUGUGGGUUUGUCGGGAGCUGUGGGGCAGAACGGAGGGGCGGGCGAUGGGCAACAGGCUUGGAUCAUUGGCAUCGUGGAGAAGGGCAAUCGUUGCGCCCGCAUCAUUGACAAACCUCGGAUCAUAGAGGUCCCGUACCGUGGCUCUGUGGUCAGUGCACAGGAGGGGAGCCACAAUAAUGCCAGUCCUCCUGAGGUGCAGCUGACCUAACAACUCUCUCAGUGAUCAUCAUGUCCUAAGUGAGCUUGAUAGAUUUGAGUGUGUGUGUGGCCAUAACAGACAUGGAGUUUGUGUGAAGGACAGAGUAUGUGUGGUUACUCCUGCUGUCCAUUUCCUCCCCCUGUUCAACCAAAGGGUUGAGAGCAACAGACCAAAAAUUUUUCGAUUUACCUGGUGGGAGAUGGAAUGGACAAGAAGCAAAACAUUUUUCAUCUCUCGUUCUCCUACUCAUUCUUUCAAACACACACCCCUCCACUUUCUUUCCCUUUUUUGCCAUUUGAGCGGUUUUUCAGCUGUUCUUUAAAGGAAUAGUUCACCUAAACAACACCAAAGCUGAGUUAUUUACCCUCAUGUUGAUGAAAACCUGUAUGCUGCUAUGUUAAUUUUUUAAAAAAUUUUUGUGGAACACCGGCUACAGUUUUCUAUACAACUGAUCAUAGUGACCAUGUCUACAAAAGUAGUUCUUCUGCGCUAUUUUCUAAGUUUCUUUAAGCCAGACACUGCAAAAAGUGAUUUUCUUACUCUGUAGUAGUUUUAUUUUCUAGCACAAAUAUCUAAACAUUCUUACAUCAACCUGAGAGGCAAGCCGAGAUCUUGCUUCUUGAAAAAUGUAUCACAAUGAGAUGAGUUCCUGCUU